AUGACAACCGCUACCACUACCCGGACACGCUGUGAACAAGCAAUGUUCGACUCACCCGUGAUGGCGAGCAUGGAUGUUCACACCGCCAUACUACAAGAGGUGGCCAAGAAGCAUGCCGACCUCAUCAACGGCAUGAACGCUCUGUAUGCCACUCUGAUCAAGAUGCGAUACCUUCGCGAGGAUGAGGUCAUCUACCCUCCCUACGGAGUGUGCGGCAAACCUGCAGUGGCGGUCGACAGAUUAAGAGCUAUGGGGUUUGUGCCCGAGGCGAUCGCUCUCAUGGAGCUGCUACCUUACCCAUCAAAUGAGGCGCUGGAACACUGGUCGGAGCAAGAGGAGGGUAUACCAAUCGCACCAGACAGUGGUGCUAUGUCCUAUCUUGAAGGCCACGAAUGGGAUGGCACGAUAGCAACAUCCAGACAACCACUACGGGCCGGUGAGACCGGUUUGCCCGCGUGGGCCUUCAAGAUCACAUUCUGUGGCGAGAACUGGGGCACAGAGUACUUGUACGACACAAGAGAUAGAAGAAUGAGACGCUGGGCCUCCAAGAGCGAAAGUACAGAAUACGAGCAUCAGCCCAACCGAGCAACAACACAAUCCUGGGAUCUUCUACGCAACGAGCUACUCAGCCUAGACUGGAUUCCAUGGCGUGACGAAGGCGAAUGCUAUCAAGCCCUCAACAUACAUGCGCGACCAAGCCUCCUCUCUGGUGUAGGCGCGACAAAUCGCUACGAAGAAUACGACGGCGAGACGGAAAUGCUGCAGGACGAGCGAACGAAACUAAAACGACACAUUGAGGCGGCGCGAACGAAGAUUCCUGCACUCAAUGUUGCAUUGAGAGCAGGCCGACAGCGAUCAGGUUCGUUGAGUAACGACGAACUCAAGCGGCUGGUUGCUGAGCACAAGAUUUCGAUAGAGCACUCUCCGACUCGACAUGUACAACCAGAGGGUUGGGGCGUAGGUAUGGUGCUGGAUGGCGUGGAGCGCAAUGCUCCAGACAACAAAGCACUACGACAGAAAAUCUUGUCCAUGCGACAUGCCAGUGCUCAGCAAUUGCGCAACACAGCAAUGGAGUAUGGAUGUUCUAUUCCAGAGAUACCGGCACCACCUCCUGCACCACCAUUGGAACUGGACGCCAAGGUGGAGGUUGCGAGAGCUGUGCAGAACAUGUUCACGGUCAAACGUCAAUUGUUCCAGGAGUGUGGGUGGGAGGAAAGGUUCGAUGGUGACAAGUUCGAGGCAAGACGGGAUGAGUUGCUGGACGAGUAUCACUCUUUCUUCAUGCUGCUGGGACCCAAGGGCCAGAACAUCCAUGACCCUGUCGAGGGAGCGUGGUUGAGAGAUUGGUUCAGGCAGAAGGCUGGCGAGAAGGCUGUUUAA